AUGGGAAUCGACGCCGGUUUCGAUAUGUAUCCUCGGGAACAUCCCAAGCUUCCCUUCGAGGGCCACAAAUUUCUGCGUUUUAGCUCGAAGGUAUCGGGGUCUACCGCAGCAGACACGAAGGUAGACAGCUAUAUCGACACUGUGACACGUAUUGCACAGACAUGCUUCGGCUCUCGUAUCAAGUGCUGGCACGAGGGUGCCGAUCAGAUUGGUGCCUACGACUGGGUUGAAGUCCAUGAAUCACUCAUGUCAUAUCAGCAGAUGAACUUGAGACUCCGUCCAGUAUUGCCCAGCUUCUUAGUGGCACCGAUCCUAUCGCAGAGUUGGGCAUUGCGCCUUUCGAGAUCAAGCACAUCCUCGGAAAAGAAGCCGCUUCUCACAGUUGGACCUAUGCCUCCUGAUGAGUUAGAGCGGUUUCUCGCGACAAAGUUGAAAGCCAUGUCCAGAGAGUCACAGCGGCAGUUCCUGUCUCUUCAUAACAACUUCCAGGCGAAGAACCCAUUCAGCGGCAUUUUCAAGACGAAUGCUCUGCCAUGCGGAUCUGGGUCGCCCGUCGGCAGCGUUUACCCAACAGUGUGCUUAAUCAACCACAGUUGCAUGCCAAAUGCUCACAAUAACUGGAACAGCGCCAAGGAGCACGAAACCAUCCACGCGAUCCGAUCGAUCGAGAGAGGAGCUGAGAUCACAAUCUCGUACGACCAUGGAGGGACGUCAAGCGAACGACAGGCAUUCCUUAAAGAAAGCUUUGGUUUCUCCUGCACUUUCCUCGACCAAGAGUUCGAUGCGUGUGCUGGCGCACUAGUUGCUAGGCUCUACUACGACGCCUUCCAGAUCAGCAUCGCGCAUGGGGAUCAGGCACGCGCGAGUAUAUUUGCAGAUAGAGCUUAUCAAGCUAGGGUGAUCUGUGAAGGUGAGGAUAGCCCCGAGACGCUGAGAGUGAAGUCUCUUGCGUUGAAACCAGCCGUUCAUAGUAGCUUUGAAGCCUAUUCUAGGAAGUGGAAGAGCGCGAGGGACUCGGUACCGAAGGCUCUGGAUACGGUGGACUUUGACAAGUGGUUGUUCAGGCAGGAGAAUUAA